UUUUGCUCCCUGCACUCCACUGAGAGCUGCAGAGAAGAGUUUUCUGAAAUCUCUGCUUUUAAGAUUUAAACUGCAGCCUUGUUGCAAGGAAAUUUGAAGUGAUCCUUGCGAGCAUGCCUUUUAAGCUGUGUUAAAUUGGUGGCAAGAGUGUCAGGCAUUUCAUACUCGGCUUCCAAAAGAGAGAGAGAAAAAAAAGAAACUAAAGAGAGAGAGAAAAAAGCCCUGAUGUGUGUGGGGAAGAAAUCUCCCAGGAAUUUCUUCAAGGUUGUAGUCAGACAUAGUAAGGUCUAAAGUGACAAGAAAAGCAAGGCAAAGAUAAAACUUGAAAUUGUGAUAAGAUGUCUGAGUCUAAAGUGGCAGAUUGCAGAAAACUUUUGGAAUUACACAUGCUCAUCUUGUCCUGGAUAUGACUGAAUACAAGAUAGUUUUUCUCUAGUGACAGCUGAAAAACCCCCUCAAGAUUAUGUUUCUCUUCCUUGUUGCUUUUUUGCCAGUGGUUUUUAAAAUUGGUUUUGUCAGCCUCUCAGCUCUGCAGCACUGGAACUGUCCUAAUGGAUACAGAUUAAAGCCUGAAAACUCUGCUUGUACAGAUAUUGAUGAGUGCCUUGAAGGUGGUUUGGGAACCUGUGGCCAAACCUGUAUCAAUAUUCCAGGGUCAUACAUCUGCUCCUGUUUGCCUGGCUACUCCUUGGGUAUUGACAAGCAGUCUUGCUAUGCAAAUGACCCAGCACCAUUCCUGCUUUUUAGCCAUGGAGAUGCCAUCUUUAGAAUUGACACUGAAGGGACAAAUCAUGAAAGACUGGUUGCUGAUACUGGUCCAUCAACACUUACAGAUUUUCAUUAUGCAGAAGAGAAAGUGUAUUGGGUAGACUCUGAAAGGCGACUACUUCAAAGAAUUCACCUCAAUGGCACAAAACGAGAGAGGCUGUGUUACAUAGACAAAGGCAUUUCAGGAUUUGCUAUUGACUGGAUAAAUCAAGACAUUCUCUGGGCCAACAGACAGAAAGGAACCAUAGAAGCAACCGACAUGAAUGGGAAGAAACGCCGAGUUCUUCUAAGAGCUGUUGGUCGUCCCACAAGGAUUACCAUUGAUGCUGAACAAAGGCUGUUAUUUUUGUCUUCAGAUGGAACAAUUUCCAGCAUACACCGAGUGUCCCUCAGUGCGAGCGGUAUGAAAAAUAUUUUUAAAACUACAGAAAAAAUAAAGGCCAUCUCACUAGAUUUGGUUGACACAAGGCUCUACUGGAUCCAACAUGACCAUGGGAAAGAGAUUUCCCACAUUGGAUCGUGUGACUAUGACGGUGGAGCUGUUCGUUUCCUCAGAAAUUCUGUCCAUCAUCAAUUGCUUGGUAUGUCUCUCUUUGCUGAGCACCUGUACUACUCAGACUUGAAGUCUGGCAUGAUAUGGAGAGCCAACAAAUAUACUGGGGAUGUUGUAGUCACAAUUAGCCUGAAGCCAUCAUUUUUCCCACCAGUGGAGAUAAAAAUAGUCCAUCCAUUUAAGCAGCCAGGUGCAAGGAUUGAUUCUCAGGAUUUAGAAAAAGGAAUGUGUGAUUUGAACAGAGAGAAAUGCAGAAGAAGAAUCUGCAGGCCAGACUCAAGGACUCAUCGGUGUAAAUGUUCUAGUGGCUUUAUUUUAAGUCGAAAUAAACAGUUUUGUGAAGACAUUAAUGAAUGUGGCUUCUGGAACCAUGGCUGCACUUUAGGCUGUGUGAACAUCCCUGGCUCCUAUUACUGCACCUGCCCAAGAGGCUUUGUUCUGCUGCCUGAUAGGAAAACAUGCCAUGAGCUGAUUACCUGUACAAGUAAUGACAUCAGCUGCAGCCAUGGCUAAACAUCUAAAGGGGCUGUUUGCUUUUGCCCAGAAGGAUCUGUACUCAAAGAGGAUGGAAAAACAUGCACAGGUUGCACAUCUCCAGAUAAUGGUGGCUGCAGUCAGAUAUGCUCUUCUCUAAGCCCAUCCUCCUGGGAGUGUGCUUGUUUUCCUGGAUAUAAGCUUCAGAGGGACAGAAAGCACUGCACUGCUAUAGGUCCUAAGCCAUUUUUGUUAUUUGCAAAUGGCCAAGACAUCCGCCAGAUCAGUUUUGAUGGAACAGGUUAUACAAGUUUACUUGACUGGCAGAUGGGAGUAGUCUUAGCACUGGACUCUGACCCGGUGGAAAAUAAGAUUUACUUUGCCCACACAGCCUUGAAAUGGAUAGAAAGAGCUAAUCUGGACGGUUCAGAGCGUGAAAAGGUUAUUGAUGGAGCUAUAGACACACCUGAAGGCCUUGCUGUGGACUGGAUUCACCGAAAACUGUAUUGGACAGACAGAGGGAAGGUGUGCAUUGAAAGGAGCAAUCUGAAUGGAAUGCAAAGAAAAAUGAUCAUCUGGGAGGAUCUCUCCCAGCCCCGAGGGAUUGCCAUUCACCCAUUUGCUAAGAGAUUGUUCUGGACUGACAUGGGGGCCAGCCCGCGGAUUGGCAGCUCUUCCCUGGAAGGCUUCGAUCGCCGGGUGCUAGCCAGCACUGGGCUGGUGUGGCCCAGUGGGAUAGCUCUGGACUACCUGGCUGACAAGGUGUACUGGUGUGAUGCUAAGCAGGCCAUGGUUGAGAGUGCAAACCUGGAUGGCUCUGGGCGCCGAGUUCUUGCACAGAAUGAUGUAGGCCACCCUUUUGCUGUGGCAGUGUUUGAGGACCACCUGUGGUUUUCUGACUGGGCCAGGCCAUCAGUGGUGAGGGUGGACAAGAAGAGCGGCCAAAACAGGGUACGUCUUGGAGGCAGCAUGCUGAGACCCUCAUCAGUGGUUGUAGUUCAUCCUUUGGCGAAACCAGGGACGAAUCCUUGCCUUUAUGAGAACGGAGGCUGUGAUCAGAUCUGUGAAAAUAGUUUUGGAAUUGUCCACUGCAAGUGCCAUCCAGGAUUUGGGAAAACUCAAGAUGGAAAAUCCUGUCAUGCUCUGGAUUCUUCCAACUCAACAGCAGCAAAGGUGUCUGUGCAUGAGAAGGUAAUGCCAAUGCCACCCCAAGAGACUGUGCUCCAGAGCACAAGGAGCACUGGGAUUUUUAAGGAUGCAGACAAUGGUGAAAAGCAGAAAAUUUUUUUUAUGGCUGAAAUAAUGGUAUCAGAUGAAGAUGACUGCACUGCACUAGAAUGUAAUGUCAACGCAGAGUGUGUUUUGCUGGAAGAUGGUGCUAUGUGCCAGUGUCUGAAAGGAUUUACCAGGAAGGGGAAAUCAUGCUAUGACGUGGACGAGUGCGCGGCGCGCACGGACCGCUGCAAUCGCAGCGUGUCGGGCUGCAUCAACACGGAAGGCGGCUACGUCUGCAAGUGCCUGGAAGGAUACACUGGAGAUGGAGUCCAUUGCUAUGAUAUUGAUGAGUGCAAGAUGGGGUCCCACACCUGUGGAGAGAACAUGACCUGCACAAAUACAGAAGGAAACUUCACUUGCUCGUGUGCUGAUCAUGCUGCUGGAACUGGCAUCGGUUGCAAAUCUACUGUUCCCCCAACUGCUGUCAGCAAUGAAUACACUACCAAGGCUGUGCAAGGUGAUAUUGUAGGAUGUCCUCCUUCAUACGAGUCCUACUGCCUCCAUGGUGGGGUGUGCAAUUAUGUUUCUGAUCUACAAGACUAUGCCUGCAACUGUGUGACGGGAUACGUGGGGGAGCGCUGCCAGUUCAGCGACCUGGAGUGGUGGGAGCAGCAGCGCUCCGGGCGGGCCAAGGUGCGGAGCAUCGCCAUCACCGCCUGCGCCGCCGGGCUGGCGCUGCUGGCGCUGCUGCUGGGCGCGCUGGCUGCGCACUGCCGCAGAAGUCAGAGUCUGUAUAAGAAGAAUCUCUGUGCAGAAGCGACAGGAGCCACCAGCAGCUGUGCUGACAAUGAGAGCGUAACACCUACUGGCAACAAGUCCCUGUUUGCAGUUUUUAAGGAGGGUAACAGUUCUCUGGAGACUAAAGCAGUUGAUCUAAUUGAGUGUGAGACAGCAGAUGCUCAUCCUGCCUGUCCUUCAGAAUCUGAGGAAGAACAGCCUGUAACAUAUGACAAAGCAGCAGAGACUUUGGCAGAAGAGGAGAAGGAACAAGGCCACCGAAAAGAGGGCGCUGUUGGUGAGAAGACACCUCAGUCCAAGGAAGCAGCAAAGGGCCCUCCCCAGGCUCCCAGGAGCAUCCAUCCCAAUCCCCUGCCAGCAAGGGAGCCUUGCAAUCUUCCCCCAGCCAGCUUGCUGAUGCAGCCAGACUAGAAGCAGUCGGUGUUUGAAUGGGAAAGGAGGAAGGCAGCAAAGGAUGGGAACUCACAUACACUGAAGCAACACUCAUUUUUUUCAUUGAAAUCUCCUUUAGAAAAAACACACCGUUAUUCAGAACAAAACAGAGAAGUCCUUGCCACUCCUUUCCUGUCAUCUCUUCCUGGAAAAAUUACUGUGAGCAAUGUGCUGGCAAUGAGUACUCUAUAAGUAUCACUGCUGCUAACUUCAUUAAGUGCCUGCUAGAAGGUCACUGAGAGGAAGAUAGUCAAGUGGGUGAUUUAUCAGUGAUAAGUAUUUUCUAAGGGAGCUUGUUGCAAGUGAUGAUCUUUACACACAGGGAGUCUAGAAACUGCCUAGAAAAUGGGACACAAGGACAGCUGCAGAGAAAAAGGAAUUGAGAAUAAUGCAGAAAAAUUAGUUUAAAAUGGAUCUUACUAUUAAAAUAUUUUUAUGGACACUAUAUGCCUCUCCCCAGUGCUGCUGACAGACCAGUGUAACUUCUUGGAUUUCACCUGAGAUGUUCUUGUGUCUUGCAAGCACCAAAUAGGAUCUUGCACUUCUCAGGUUUUGUGUAUCAGAGGAUGGUUUGCAGGCACAUGUUAUUAAUGAUGGGUAGCAUUUGAGGGGAAAGGUGAUUCCUCCAUUGUUUUUUCCCAGUCUACACUGGUCCUUCAGAGCAUAACAGGAUUGUUUCUGGGCUGAGGAAGUGGGUUUGUGUCUGCUUUCAGCCCUGUGGAGAGGCAUGUGCUGGAGCUGUCCUUGUCUUACAGAGGUGUGCCUGGCACCGAAACCUUGUCCAUUAUAUAGGACUUAGUAUGAGGACAGAAGUCCAGCCAAUUGCUGUUCCAAAAGAAGAGGAGGAGUGGGACAAAGCCACAAAAAAGCCACCUCAGUUUGGCCUGACUUCCACUCAAAUUAUUUGUGCUGCCUGUUAUAUCUGAGGGAAAAAUUGUAAAACUGAACCAAUUUUUAUUGUAACUGGAUUCCUAACACCUCUGUUGUAUGCAGAAUGAGGUCAGUUGUUUAUUGUGAGAUUGUCUCUGUUGGUGAGAGUGUGGUGCUGAUAACACCAAGGCUGUGGCUUCCAUCCCUGUAUGGGUCUUUCACUUAGGAGUUGAACUUGAUGAUCCUUGUGGGUCUGUUCUAACUCAGAACAUUCUGUGAUAUCAAGUGAUUUUCACCAACUUGUCUUGACUUCCUGAGGCCACUUUCAGAGUGUUAUGGAAGAUACCUGGACAUCAGCUAAAUUACUAAAAAUUAUUUUAUUAUUUGUUGGGGAUCUCUCAGUCCUCUGUUUCUGAAGCCUGUUGUUGCAACCUUUAAACUCUGCUGCAGUGCCCACCAUUAAUGUUUCUUGUAAUUAAUAAGAUGGAUAAUAGUGGCAAAUGUUACUAAUUAGUGUAUUUACUGUUCUGCUUUCCUGGGUUCUUUUUGAAUCCUGACAGAAAGGCAUGGAAUGUUGCCAUUUUUUUGUUUUUUACCAUCUCUGUAGGCCAAUAUGGGAAAGAGUAUUGAAAAGCUCUUACCUCUUAUUCUAAACGGUUCCACACUGGAGUAACUUUGUGAAGUUUUGUUUUAGGUUGGUAAAAUUGUAAGAACACUGAGUCCAAGUUGUCAGAGCUACAAAAAUUAAAAUGCUGGUUUUUAGAGGGUCGUCACUUAUUUAACUUCUAAAGUGAUUUUUGCUGGUGGUUUUGAAUUGUUGAGUCUGUUUUCUAACCACAUCAAUUCUGGAUUCAGAACAAACUUGUAAAAUAUGCAUUUCCAGAGCUGGAAAUAGUUGGAACUAUUAUCAGUGAAGAAUCAUUCUCUUGUGUGAAUGGUAACAAGGGUACUUCCACAAAGAGGGAAAUAAACAGUUUUGUGUUCAGGAGCAGGCAACAACUGUGUUGAAUCAUUAGGAUUUGGUAGAUCUGAUGUUAAAUUUGGUAUUUUUUAAUAUCACUAACGUAGUUCAAAAGAUCUAGUUUGGAUUCCCUGCUCUUUCAAUUACUGAUCUUCUGGAUUUUAAUGGGAAGAGAGUCCAGGUCUAAAGGCCCCAGUUCAAAAAAAAUCAUUUUUUUCCCAUGAAAGCUACCCAGUAAAAAGACUUUGAAAUGUGCACUUCAAGUUUCUCUGGUGAAGUAUGUUUGUGUGCUUAAAAUUCAAGUGUUGUGUUGAAUGACAGUCAACAUUUCAUUGGAAGUUUCCCCAGUCAAAAGAAAUAAAGAUUUGUAACUUUGAAUCUUGCCUGAAUAAAAAUGUUUCAGACUCCUUAAAAAUUUGUUUGCUAUUCUAUCCUGGGCUUUUUUUGUUUACUUGGCUUUCCUUCCAAGGAUCUAAUUUUAAAUUUGAUAGUAUUUUUUACAGAAUAAGAUAGGGAAACCAAGCUGAUAUGUUUCUGUAAUUAGAGUGUUUGGAGUUUUAAAUGUUUCCUAAACUCAGCUCUAAACUCAAAAUAAUCUUUAGUGUAAAAACUUGAAAUGAUAUUUCAAUACAAAUAUAAUAUAUUUGGUUUAUUUGUAUGUUUAUAAAGUUAUUGAUUUGUAAAAUAAAUUAAAAAAAACC